UUCAUAUAACUCCUGUCACAUAACUCUUCUUGUCAAACUAGCAUUUUCGGUGGCACAAAGCAGAUGGAGAACAUUAAUCUGUACGAGGAGCUGGGAAGAAGCUAUACUUCUGUUGUCUAUAAAGGAAGAAGGAUGGGCACUCUAAACUAUGUAGCUCUCAAAUGCAUUGACAAAUCCAAGAGACCUGAGGUCACAAACCAUGUCCGUCUCACCCAAGAUCUGGAUCAUUCUAACAUUGUGCGUUUUUAUGAGUGGUAUGAAACCAGGAAGCACUUGUGGUUGGUGCUGGAGCUCUGCACAGGUGGUUCCUUGGAGUCGGUUAUUGUCCGGGAUGGAUUCCUUCCAGAGGAUGUCGUCAGGACUUUUGGAUGGGACUUGGUCCAAGGACUGGACUACAUCCACAAGUUAGGGAUUGUUUUCUCUGACUUGACACCUGCUAAGAUCAUGCUGGAUAGCAGUGGUAUUUUAAAGUUAGGAAACUUCUGUCACUCCAAAACAGAGAGUGAAACUCUUGAAGAGUUCUUUUCAUUGUGUCAAGAGGCAGGAAAAAGGGAAUACGACAACGUAAAGAAAAGGUUUCGAGGCUCAACAAUUUACAUGGCUCCAGAGGUUCUACAGGGUUCAGAAACUACAGCAAUCUCAGAUCUCUGGGCUCUUGGUUGUAUUCUCUACUACAUGUACACCGGCAGACCUCCAUUUUUGUCUAAUAGUUGUGGUGAAUUACUGGAAAUGAUUUUGCAUCAGGAACCAUCAUCUCCCGUGCAGAAAGUGUGCUCAAGUACUCCUCCCAGCCAAGAUUUCCAAAAUCUUUUGAAAGGCUUACUCAUCAAAAACCCUACUAAGAGAAUGAACAUGCCAGAGUUGCAAAAGUACCGUUUCUGGACACCGAAAGACCGCAAUUAGAGGAGGAAGAAGAAUAUGAUGAAGAACAGGCCCCCGUCACUUAAUUUCCUGAGUUCUAUACAGAAUCAUUUAUGUUAAUGGAAAUAACAUAUUUAUUUAUUUUGAACAUGCAUACAAGGUAACACUGAAGUACAUUGUUUAUGUUUAUA